GGUGUUAGAGCAUGCGCCUUUCCUAUCGGGUUGGAAGCAAGUUGAACCCGUCAUUCGGGAAGCUGGAGUGGAAAGAGGCAGACGUCCAUUGGAGAAAUGGUGGAAGAUCGUCAUCUCGUCUAAAUUAUUAUCGUUCGACCCGACAUGGAAACGUUAUGUGGAUCUAAACUAUACCCUUUAUUAAUAUGUGGAUUGUUGUUUAUCGUACGAUCGUCUCUAAGCGAACAGGUCGACUACGACGUCACGUGUUCCGGCCAACACAUGAAGGUUACCAUCAACCUGGAAGACAACGGCACUCGCGUCUAUCUGGAUAAAAUGAAAGGUUACUCGGCCUGUCAGCCGAAACUGAAGGGAAACGUGGCUGUGUUUAAACUCUCUCUGACCAACAUAUAUAAAUGCGGAACCAUCAGGAUGUACAAUAAGUUAACGGGCUUCAAAAUCUAUUAUCAUCGGAUUAUUCUAGAGCGGAAGUCCGGACCCAGAGACGUGCUCCUGGUCAAGUGCGUGCUGCCGGCCGACGGAUCCAGAUACGUUCCCCACAAGAAGAGCAGGCGGGACGUUCUUCCCGGAGACUUCUACGAACCCGAAUUCCUCAACAUCACCGGAUCCAUAGUGAAGUACGCGCCCGUGCCCUACCUGAACCUGGCCAUCCGACAGAACGGAAGAGUGGUGGACGCCGGCGUCAACGUCCAGCCCGGAACCCCCCUGGAGAUGGUCGUCUACCUGGACGAGAAGAGCGCCCCAGUGUACGGUCUGCUGGCUAGCUACCUGAAGGUGACGGACAACACGCCCAAACACGAAGAGGUCAUCGUCAUGAACGGGUGUUCCAUCGACCAGUACAUCUUCGGUAACUUCGAGACACCCGACGACGGAAACACCCUGUCGGCCAAGUUCAGGGCCUUCAAGUUCCCCGAAACCAACUACGUUCUGUUCGUCGGCACCGUCAACAUCUGUCUGCAGCGAUGCAAAGGGGUGCCAUGCGGUAACGGCAAAUACGGCUUCGGCAGGAGAAAGAGGGACGUGCCGUCGGAACUGCCCAAGGACACCAACCGGCUGUACGAAGUGGAGAUGACCACCGUCCUGAAGGUGGAGUACUCGGCCGACCACUUCCGCCCCAAGAAAGAUUCUCUCUUCGGAAACUUCGGCCGACUUCCCGCUUCCGACGGAUCGCUCUCCCCUUCCGACCACCGACUUCCGGCCGCCUCGGAGGCGGCCCCCGGCCCGGGGGCCGGGAUCUCGCCCUGGAUUCUGGUGGCGGCGCUGUGGCUCCUGUCCCUCGACUGAGGCGUCCGCCGGGCCCCUUCGUUCACGUGCCAACACCUCGACUAACUCGACCGCGGCCGGGUCCCCGUCCCGGGUGGCGGUAUCUAGCGGUGACGGGCCGAACUAAUCGAUCCGCCGUACUCACCGGAGGCAGCUAUUUUACUUAGUCUCUCUCUCUCUCGCUCUGUCUAUCUCUCUCUUUCUCCGUCGACGGGUGGGCGUCGGCGCGCCUUUUUCUUCUCCCGUCCGUCGGUGUGGGGGAGCGAGGACCCGGCGUUCCCCCCGUCGGCGGCGGGAACGUCCUCGGCACUUCGGAAAAAGUAACGAAAAUCGGGUGGGGGACCGCCUCCCCGCGGACGACGGACCUCAUUUGUAUAACUGUAAAAAAGACGAGAGUUAUUUUACUCCAAAAACACGAAAUAUAUAUAUACAAAAACAGUCACACGUUUGACACGGUUUUAAUAAAAAAAAAUACCCGCAAUUCCUGGCAACUUGUGUUUUUUUUUUGUCGGCCGCCGGAAAUACGUCAUCGCGGACGACGGGAAGUGGUCGGGGCGGACACUCCGCACCCAUCUCGGCCGUAAGAGAAUUGUGGAAAGGCGGCUUUUUGCCGGGAACCUCUUCUCGUUUCCCGCGAGACGGUCUCUAACCACCUCCUUCCAUUAUUUACGGGGAGGAGGAUUCGACUAUUUCGUCUUGUUCCCUAGAGAGGGCGCUUCUCUUGGCCGGCGGCGGGCGUCCCGAAAGAUAUUUUUCCUCAUCCCGGCGGACGAAACUUUUCCUUCGUUCCCCCGUCCGGCGGGAAUUGCUCUGGACGGGAAGAGGAAAGGAAAUAUCCUGGGGAGAAGGAACACGUUUAUCCAGGAGGAAAACGCCGUUUUCUUCCCCCGGCGCUUAGUCGGACCAGGAAUUAAAAUUGGGAGCGUCCGGAAGAAGGGCCAGUCGUCCCGACCAUUUUCAUAAAUAAUUAAUAAAUACGUAGAACGAGCGGUGGGGGACGAAGUGGUUACCAUCCCCGUAACUUAAGGUUACUUUUACUAACAGAAACCGAAAUAUUCCGGCGCGUUUUAUUAAUAAAGAAAUUCGCUCUUCAAAAGAAAUAACGUGGAAAGGGGAACGGGCUCCACCUCGAGGGCGGCGGACGGUCCCGGAUUCGCGGGUGAAAAUUUCACCCAGACAGACUGAGGAAAGUAGAAGAACCGAGAGGAAACCAUCGUCUACUUCGGCGGUUCCCAGAAUGGGCCCUACCGCUCCCAGCGGCGCAAAGAAGCAUGGGGGGCGGCAAAGGGUCUUGGAGGACGAGACUCGGCCGAACUGUCACCAUAGGGGAACGAGGGUGGGGGUCAACACCCCUUUCUUCUAUUAAAACGGGUAAGAAGAAGCAUUGCGUGAAAUGGUUUCCAGAUAUCGAGAACAAAGUAUGGUAAAGACACAAGUGAUAAAAAUGGGCAACGAGCCCAUUAUUAUCGGAUCGAGUGACUUUCAAAUAAUGGGUUUUAAUACAGCUGUAUAAAAGGCUUUACCAGGCGAGUCAGAUUCUUAGAAAAGCUUUUGUAAGAAUAUUUCCAAGCCAAAAAAGUUUGGGAAUGGUCCAUUGGCCGAUAUCCGAAAUUCGACACGAAUUACUGAUUAGAAAUGAAAGCUGGUACCGUAAAUAGUAAUGAAAUUAUUUAUUUGAUCAAUACAAACACCCGAUUAUUAUUAUUAUUAUUACAGUAGAUCGUCGUUUAUCAGAAAGUCGGUUAUCCGAAACGUUGGUUAUCCGAAA